GAGCCACUUUCCCAAGAAGCGCCUGUAUGUAUGGCAUCGUACAACGAAAGCCUUCAGGCCGCCAGCACCUCGACAGCCCUGCAGAAACUAGAGGGCUUUGCCAACAGAUUGUUUCAUCGAAAUGGCAAAAACGGCGCACAAGAACAGAGGGGGGCCGUGGAACAAGAGGGCCAGCUAGUUUCUGAAAGCACCUUGCAAUGGGACACGGCAAUGAAAGAGUUUCUAGCCAAAGCCAAAGAAGACUUUUUACGAAAAUGGGAAAGUCCGCCCCAGAAUACUGCCAGCCUAGAUGACUUCGAUAGGUUAAAAACUUUGGGAACGGGCUCAUUUGGCAGAGUGAUGCUGGUAAAGCACAAAGGAGCCGAUCAGUAUUAUGCUAUGAAGAUCCUGGAUAAACAGAAGGUGGUGAAGCUGAAGCAGAUAGAGCACACACUUAAUGAGAAGAGGAUAUUACAAGCAGUCAACUUCCCUUUCCUGGUCAGGUUGGAGUAUUCCUUCAAGGACAAUUCAAAUUUAUACAUGAUUAUGGAAUAUGUUCCCGGGGGUGAAAUGUUCUCACAUCUAAGAAGAAUCGGCAGGUUCAGUGAGCCCCACGCACGGUUCUAUGCAGCUCAGAUAGUUUUAACAUUCGAGUACCUCCAUUCGCUAGACCUCAUCUACAGAGAUCUCAAACCAGAAAAUCUUUUAAUCGACCAACAAGGAUAUAUUCAGGUCACAGACUUUGGGUUUGCCAAAAGAGUAAAGGGAAGAACUUGGACGUUAUGUGGGACCCCAGAGUACCUGGCACCAGAAAUUAUUUUGAGCAAGGGCUAUAACAAAGCAGUCGAUUGGUGGGCAUUAGGUGUUUUAAUCUAUGAAAUGGCAGCUGGUUAUCCUCCAUUUUUUGCCGAUCAGCCCAUUCAAAUAUAUGAAAAAAUUGUUUCAGGAAAGGUACGGUUUCCAUCCCACUUCAGUUCAGACCUUAAAGACUUACUAAGGAACUUGCUGCAGGUAGACCUGACUAAAAGAUAUGGCAAUCUGAAGAACGGGGUGAACGAUAUUAAGAAUCACAAGUGGUUUGCCACUACAGAUUGGAUCGCCAUUUACCAGAGAAAGGUUGAAGCUCCAUUCAUACCAAAGUGCAGAGGGCCAGGCGACACCAGCAACUUCGACGACUACGAAGAGGAAGACAUCCGCGUGUCCCUGACCGAAAAAUGUGCAAAAGAGUUUGCUGACUUUUAGGAUGUGCGUUUAGAAUGACACGGCAUCAGGGCUCACAUUUUUGGGAUCUUUGCACUCUGUUUUCAGAUGGGGUGGAGCUGAGACCAUCUUAUGUCAAAACAGUUACCUAGUUCCUUCAUUCCGCAAAGCUGACUGAAGUCUAGAGCGCCAUCUUCCAUGCGUGCGGUUUGCACCGACCCUAGUACCCCAGCACAACGA